AUGGCUGCAAAAGUGAAGGCCGACAAUCACGGAAAAGAGAAGAGCCGAUCAUAUCUUUCAAACCGACCAGAAAACAUCGAUGUCUCCCAUGGAAGAAGAGCUCCCAAAUCACCAGUUUUAGGUUCGCCCAAUCAAAACCCUCUGAUUCCUUCAGAGAAAAUAUCUCCAAAUUAUCUCAAACCGACGAUCAGCUUCUCCAAUGAAUUUUGCAAGUAUGCCAACAGACAGGCUUCCGUAAGAGUGACUCUAAAACGCUUGAAAAGCAGAAAAUCAGUCAAUAAGCCUCAAUCUCCUUCCCAAAUUAAAAAAACACCAUUUUCGUUUAGUCCUAAAGCAAAAUUGCUCAGAUCUUCAUCUUUUUCACCUAGAAAUGCGGUUUCACCCAAAUCCAAUUUGAAUAAAAUACUGAAGUAUGGAAAUUUUCAGCCAUUGGCGAAGACAAGGAGCUUAAAAAAUGAAGAAAGUAAUGUAAGAAGAGAAGCUAGAGAUGCUAGUAAUAAGAGUACUAGUGAUAACAAAAAGCCAAAUACUAUAUCAGAUGGGCCGAAAGAGGAAGAUCCGGCGGAUGAGGUUGUGAUAGAGAUGGUUUGCACCAUGGAAACCGAGCAUGGUCACCAUGAGAUUCUAUCCACACAUGAUCAGAUAUUUUACGAUAGUAAGCCCGAAACUUUCAACGAAGUGGGCCUAAUAAACGAAGAGUUGGGGGAUAUUAAAGAAGAUAUCCAUGAAAAAGAUGAAGAAGUACGAAAUGAGGAUGGGGUGAAGAUCAGAGAAGAGUUGGAGAAAAUUAUAGAUUUCGACUGCGAGGAUGGUAUGUAUCAAAGGGUGAUAAUUCAAAGAAUAAGGGCAGUCCCCAUGGAUUUUGGUAAAGAGGAGAAGGCUACCAAGUUGAAGUUUCGGCAAAGGAAGGAGAUUGAUGGCAGUGAGGAGAGCAACGACAUGGAAUUUGAGAAGUUGAAGUUCAAAGUAAGAGGAGAUGCUAAAGGCGUUGAGGAUUUUACGAAGUUGGAUUCGGAGAAUGUGGUAUUGAAGCAUAAAGAAUUUCAAGGGAAGAAAGGGGCGAUGGCUUUCAACGACGUGAUCGAGGAGACAGCGAGCAAGCUUGUGGAGGAGAGUAAGAGCGUGGUGAAGGCCCUUGUCGGAGCCUUCGAGACCGUUAUUCUGUUACAGGAGUCCGAAAGCCAGAGUCCACGGGCUGUGGACGAUGAUGGGAAGAUCCCGAAGGCCAAAUUAUGA